CUGCAGUUUUGUUUGCCGUUUAAGCUCGAGUUUUCAAAUUUCAAAACCCUAAUCUCCUCCCAAAAGGGAAAAAAAAACUUCAAAUCUUCCCCUUUUACUCCAUGGCUCUUAACAUCAAACACAAAUCCCCCGAGACUGGCAUUGACAAUCGACGAGUUGAACCGGAGCUUGACUCCGAAGCAGACUUGGAGGAGCUGGAAGCCGAUGUGAAGAAAAUGGCGGAGGAGAUUCUAGAAUACAGAUCCACUAUCCCAGAUCAACUCAAAGACACUCUAGCUUCAGUUUUCUCUUCUCAAAGACCCAACUUUCCCGAUGUCGGAUCGGAGCCUGGAUCAUCCGGAGAGCUUAAUCCAGAUUCAGAGGAGACGGAGUUGGAGCAAAGGACGAAAGAGAAGAUACAGCUACUUAAAGAGAAAAUUUCAAGUAACAUUUCAGCAAUGCGAGCGAUUUUGAAUCGAAUGAAGAAGUGUAUUUCAAGGAUGGAGGUGCUGAGUUCUGGCAAUGGCGUUAUACAUCCUGCUUUUAAGAAGAGAAGAGUGGUCCGUCAAUGAAAGUUGAUUUUUUUUUUCAUAGGGUUCAUCAAUGGUGAUUGAUUUUCAUUAGUCUUUUUAACCCUUGUAGCUGUGUAACUACUUGAAAGCAUUGAUUUCCUUGUCUGUAACGCAAAGCCCUUUGUUGAUAAUCAACAGAGGGGGCAUCCUUGUAUUGAUGUGCAAAUUAUUUUAG